GGGGUAUUUUUUUGUACUAAGUCUUUGAAAUCUAGUGUAUAUUUUACACUUUCUCAAUUCUGACUAGCCACAUUUCAAGUGCUCAAUUACCACAUGUGGCUAGUGGCUACUGUAUUGGACAGUGUAACUCUAAAAUUCUGCUUCCAUGAGUAUACUUGGUAAUUCUCCAUUAAACAGAUAAGGCCCAUCAGACAGAGGCAUUACUAUAUAUUUACUUUAAGCCUCUGUACUCCCAGUCAAGGCCCUGAGAACAAUUCCGAAGAAGAAAAGGCCUACGAGGUUUUAGCCAGAGCGAGCACUCCCUUUAAAUGUCAGACCUAGACAAUUAACCCUAAAUUGAUCCCAAACUUGCUUUUAGCAAUCACAGAUCCACAGUGCCUCACAGACACAUUUAACUCCAAGGGUCUCCAGGUUGUUCUCUGGCCAGGAGAACAUCCACAACAAAGACUUGUUAUCUCACUAAUGUGACAGUACCUUCACAGGGCAGCCUGGAGAGCCUUUGAUGAAAGGGCAUCCGUCCUACCCCUCUGGUUCUGGUUGGGACUAGGCACCACUUGCCACUUGGGAUUGAAAGGGGCUAAAUAUAUUUGGCACAAUAUCAGACACCCUGUGUUAGAUUCUGGCAUCAACAAUAAUCACGUGGGAGGGGCACCAGACUGGCUCACUCGUAGAGCACGCGACUCUAGAUCUCAGGAUCCUGAGUUCCAGCCCUAUGCUGGAUACGGAGCCUACAUAAACUAAAAAAUUUUUAAAAAGGUAAAGGAAAAAGUCACACGGGAGAAAAAUAUUAAAAUCUAAUUAAAACACUUCUGCAAACUAGGAAAAGAAAGAAACAUGGGUAUUCCAUGGGAGAAUUGGAAAUCCACAGAUAAGAGUUCAAUCUCCUCAAAGUGAACCAAGAACCAGAGGCCCAUAAAAGGUGUUUUGCCCAAGGUCAUCCAGCAAAUCUGUAGGGGUGAUAAUGAGCUCUGUACCCUUUCCACUACCCCGCUCCACACUAUCUUCACUCACUGAAAAAUAUUUUAAUUGGAGACACUGUGCCAUCUCCAGGGUUUUCCUAAAUUACCUGCAGAGGAUGACCCGCACCAGGAAGACCGGUCAGCGCUCCCCCAACUCUGACUCAGAAGCCAGCCGCCCUGAAUAGGAUUGUAGCGCCGCAAUUCCCCACAUUCUGGAGUCCUGGGCGGAGGAGGCUACUAGGGCGGUUCUUUGGCCAACUCCACACCUUCCGGAGCCUGGCCUGGCCCGCCCCAGCCCAGCCGCGCCGCUGUGGCCCAGUUCCUGCGCCUGUAGGAUGUGCCGCCCUCUGAAAGCGAUCCCUGGGGCUUGGACUCCCUCCAGCCUCAGGGGUCUGGCAACUAACGGCUCCGGCCUCGCAGGGGUCGCUGGAGGCUCCUGUCUGAGAUCCCAGGUUUGCUGGGGGUCUCUCUGGGCGAGAGGACUUCCCAGGGCACUGGCGGUCCACAGCCCCGCUUUCUGCGCCCAAGAAAGACAGCCUCGUGCCUCAAAGCUUUGCUGAGCCGAAGCUGCCCGACCAGCGGUGUCCCCUCCGCUUUCCCCGCCGGAGUGUCCGCCGGGCAGGCGCCGGCACAGCGCAACCUCCCGGCCCUGCGCACCGGGAACCGUUUCCGGGGCGGAUGCUUUUUGUAGCUGACCCGGCGCGGCCGGUGACGCCAAGACCCAGACGGAAGUGCGGGCGGAGGAGCCCGAGCCGGAGCCGGAGCCGGAGCCGGAUCCCGAGCCUGAGCCCCAGCCGGGAGCAGGUCUCGGGGGCUCCGGGCUGUGGGAACCGCUGGGCCUGGCAGCGAUGGCGACCCUGUGGGGAGGCUUCCUUCGGCUUGGCUCCUUGCUCAGCCUGUCCUUCCUGGCGCUCUCAGUGCUGCUGCUGGUGCAGCUGUCAGACGCCGCCAAGAAUUUCGAGGAUGUCCGAUGUAAAUGUAUCUGUCCUCCGUAUAAAGAUAAUUCUGGGCAUAUUUAUAAUAAGAACAUAUCCCAAAAAGAUUGUGAUUGCCUUCAUGUUGUGGAUCCCAUGCCUGUGCGUGGGCCUGAUGUAGAAGCAUACUGUCUACGCUGUGAAUGCAAAUACGAGGAAAGAAGCUCUGUUACGAUCAAGGUUACCAUUAUAAUUUAUCUCUCCAUUUUGGGCCUUCUACUUCUAUACAUGGUUUACCUUACUCUGGUUGAGCCCAUACUGAAGCGACGCCUGUUUGGACACUCACAAUUGAUACAGAGCGAUGACGAUGUUGGGGAUCACCAGCCUUUUGCAAAUGCCCACGAUGUGCUGGCCCGCUCCCGCAGCCGAGCCAAUGUGCUGAAUAAGGUAGAGUAUGCCCAGCAACGCUGGAAGCUUCAAGUUCAAGAGCAGCGAAAAUCCGUCUUUGACCGUCAUGUUGUCCUCAGCUAAUUGGAAAUCAAAUUGAAGAUGAUUAGAAAGAAAUGAGGCAGACAACUGAAGAAAAUUGACUGAGUUUUCCUGGGUUUUAUUUUAAUACCCUGUUGAUUUCACCAACUCUUGCUGGGAAAUUCAGAAUUGGAAACAGAAAUGUGCUUGGUAUUUUCUUUUCUUGUUAACAUAUUAAUAUAGGCAUUUUUAAGAGCACACACCUCAAAGUCAGCCAAUUAACCUUUUUCCUAUUUGUGACUUUUACUAAUAAAAAUAAUUCUGCCUGUAAAUUAUCUUGAAGUCCUUUACCUGGAACAAGCACUCUCUUUUUCACCAUACAGUUUUAACUUGGUUUUCAAGAUAAUUUUCAGGUGGUUUCUUUCUUUCUUUCUUAUUUUCUUUUUCUUUCUCUUUCUUUCUUUCUUUCUUUCUUUCUUUCUUUCUUUCUUUCUUUCUUUCUUUCUUUCUUUCUUUCUUUCUUUCUUUCUUUCUUUCUUUCUUUCUUUUCUUUUCUUUUCUUUUCUUUUCUUUUCUUUCUUUCUGGCAGGGGAGGGGAGGGAUGUGUGGGAAGUGGUUAACAUAACUUUUCUCAAGUCACUUUACUAAACAAACUUUUGUAAAUAGACUUAACAUUCUAUUUUCAAGUUUCAUUUAUAUUUUGCAGUGUAGCCAGCCUCAUCAAAGCCCUGACUUACCCAUUUGAAUUUUGCACUGACUAUAUUAUCUAGGUAUCUGGUUGGCCUGUGGCUGCACUUAUGGUAAAGUGGAUCUGAACUACCUGGUGGCUCUUCAUAAAAUGCAGAUUUUCCUCAUGUACUGUGAUGUCUGAUGCAAUGCAUCCUAGGACAAACUAGCAAUUUGCUAGUUUACUCUAAUGACUAAACAUAGUCUGGUGUGUGUGGUCUUUCUCAUCUUCUAGUAUCUUUAAGGAUGAAUCCUAAGAACUUGGACACUUGAAAUAAAGGAAUUUUCUUUUAACCCCAAGCAUCUCUGGAUUGGUGACAUACACACAUUUUCCACAUUUCUGGUCAGGUGGAGAGGCAGCUGUUUGAGCUCUAGUGUGUGCAGCUUUGAACUAAGACUGGAGUUCCUUGCUGGGUGCCUCCCUCUGAAAGGUAUAACAGUUAUUGGAUAACUGGCUUUUUUCCUCCUAUGUCCUCUUUGGAAUGUAACAAUAAAAAUAAUUUUUAAAACA